AAACACUAUGGCUGCCACUCUGUCUCUUACUCAGCUCUCCAGUGGAAAUCCCCUCUAUGACAAAUACUAUCGGCAGGUUGAUCCAACAGGCAGUGGGCGGGUGGCAGCAGCGGAUGCAGCUCUGUUCCUGAAAAGGUCAGGCUUGGCCGACUUGGUCCUGGGGAAGAUCUGGGAUUUGGCAGACUCUGAUCGGAAGGGGGUUCUCAACAAACAGCAAUUCUUCAUAGCAUUGCGGUUGGUGGCCUGUGCUCAGAAUGGCCUGGAGGUGGCGCUCAAGAGCCUUAAUGUGGCUGUUCCUCCCCCCAAAUUUCAUGACACAAGUAGCCCGCUGUUAGCAGGAGGAGUGGCCAAUGAUAUGCCCUGGGUUGUCAAGCCUGAGGAGAAGAUGAAGUUUGACUCCAUCUUUGAAAGUCUGGGUCCAGGAGGAGGGAUGCUAACAGGAGACAAAGUCAAGCCCGUCCUUCUAAACUCCAAACUGCCAGUGGACAUCCUGGGCAGGGUAUGGGAGCUCAGUGACCUCGACAGAGACGGCAUGUUGGACAAAGACGAGUUCUCUGUGGCCAUGUAUCUGGUGUACAGAGCUCUGGAGGGAGAGCCUGUCCCCAUGUCCCUACCACCUCCCCUGGUUCCACCCUCCAAGAGGAAAAAAACAUCUGUGCCUCCUGUGGUGCCUCCUGUGAUGCCCCUGUUACCCUCACCCCCCUCCGCCAAAGACAGUCGCUCCUCCCAUGCUGCCUCUAAGACCAUGCCCCACCCCCCUAAACCCACUCCAGCUCCUGUCCCAGCACCAGCAGCUGCCCCUUGGGUGGUGUCACCAGCAGACAAAGUCAAGUAUGAUGAACUCUUCAACAAGACAGAUGGUGACAUGGAUGGACUAGUGUCUGGACCUGAAGUCAGAGAUAUUUUCCUCAAGACUGGGCUUCCGUCUGCGACACUCGCACGCAUCUGGGAACUCUGUGACAUUGGAGACAUAGGAAAACUGACCAGAGAGCAGUUUGCUCUGGCUCUUCAUCUAAUCAAUCAGAAGCUGGCGAAAGGCCAGGAGCCUCCGCAGACCCUCUCCCCAGAGAUGAUUCCUCCCUCCGACAGACAAAACGUCAAACAGAACAACACGGCAAACCUGGCGGCUGACUUCUCUGCCAUCAAGGAGCUGGACUCUCUCAGUAAUGAGAUAGUUGAGCUACAAAGGGAGAAGAUCUCAGUGGAAGAGGAGAUCAAGGAGAAGGAGGAGGCCAUCAGACAGCGCAGCAAUGAAGUGCAGGACUUACAGGACGAGGUGGCGAAGGAGAGUGAGGAGCUGCAGCGGCUCCAGACUCAGCGUCAGAAAGUACAGGAGGCUUUGGAGGAGCUGGACCAACAGAAGGGCUCCCUGGAGGAGCAGCUGGCUCACAUUCGCCAGCAGACCAGCCAAGAGACCCAACUGUCUCACUAUCCUCAGUCGCCAGCUUACGGGUUACGUCUGUCUCAGAUUUCAUCACUGCAGUCGGAGCAUGAGGAGCAGGAACAGAGGAUAUGUCAGUAUGAGGAGGAGCUGGUUCAGGCUCGAGAGGAGCUCCUGGCUUUGCAGGAGGAGAGCAGGAUGCUGCAAGAGAAGGUGCAGGCCGCUCAGGAGCAGCUCACACCUCUACAGGAGUCUGUGCGCGACUCCUUCACACAAGUUGCACAGGUUCAGCAAAAACUGAACGACCUUCAGGUGGAAGAGAGGUCAGUGACUGCCCAGCUCAGCUGGAAGAGAGCCCUGGAGGACAGCUCUCCUGUCAUGGUCAAUGGAUCAGCAGGCCCUACAGCAGAGCCGCAUCAUGGGGACCUCUUCCAGCAGGACCUCUACCAGGAGGACCAGCCUAAAGAGCUGAAAGAGGAGGAACCAGCUGCUAUGAGCAAUCUCCAGAAAGAACAUUCAGAUGAGAAAGAGAAAGAAGGAGUGAACGAGAGAGAAGAGGAAGAAGGGAGGGAGGAAGACAGACCUAAGACACCAGAGGAGGAAAAGCUGAAACGUGAUGCCUUGGAUGAUCUCUAUACAAGUCUAGCCUCUACUGAGAAAUAUAGUAAUAUCAGUAAUCUUUCUAAAGUUGCCAAGCCACUGGAGAACACUGUUAGGGAACACAGUAGCCCUAUACCCGAUGUCUCUUCAGAAGUCAUAGAUGAUGCAGAGGAAUCACCUAAGACCAGCCCACCAAAGGUUGCAUCACCAGAGCCAGAGAGCAAACAGGAGCCUGCAGAGUCCCCAGAAACCACCGCCACCUCAGUUCCACCUCAAGUCGGACCUCGCUCCAUGCCGCCCCAGACCAACCCACCAUCCCUGCCUGAGAUGGACUUCUUCCAGUCAGAUCCCUUUACUGACCAUGAUCCAUUCAAAGAUGAUCCGUUUGGAAAAGCAGAUGUUGCAGCAGACCCUUUCGGAGGAGAUCCAUUCAAAGGGACAGACCCCUUUGCUGCAGACUCUUUCUUCGCACAGACCUCCAGUGCCCCUUUUCCCUCAGAGGACCCUUUCACUGCCUCAGCUGACCCGUUUAGUACCACUACCACCGACAUGCCAGAACCAGACCUGUUUGCAGCCAAGCCAAAUGAUGCUGCAGCUGCACCGGCAGAGGAUCCAGAUCCCUUUACCUCCAAACCCACCAAUCCAGCUCUAGCAGCUAAGGAUCCAUUCAGCUCUACAGGGAAUCAUAUGGCUGAUUCUGACCCUUUCAGUGGCAAAAUGAAUGCCCCGGGGGAGGCAGAUCCAUUUGGUUCUCAGGACGAAGGGACAGAUCCCUUUAACUGCUCUCCACCAAGCUCUGAUCUGGCUUUGAAGGACACUGCAUCAACCAAUGACCCGUUUGCUCCAGGCGGUACUACUGUGAGCGCCAGCUCAGACCCAGAUCCAUUCGCUGCUGUGUUUGGUAAUGAGUCAUUUGGAGGGGGUUUUGCAGACUUCAGUGCCUUGACAAAGUCAAACGGUGCUGACCAGUUUGGCAUCAACAAUAAGAACCUGUUCCAGGAUGACAACCAGUCUGCUGGCCCUGACAUGCCCCCAGCCCUUCCCCCAAAAACGGGUACGCCAACAAGACCCCCCCCUCCACCUCCAGGUAAGAGAUCCUCCAUCUCAAGAACAGAGUCCUCUGACUCCUUCCAUCGACGAGGGCACUUCCUUCCACAGACUUCCGGAGACUUCUCCUCCUCUUCCUCCUCCUCUUCCCUGCCUGCCAAGGAUCCUUUAGCCGACCCCUUCGCCCCCUCCUCCCCUCCUCGUCACAACGUAAGGGAAGCUGAUCGAUUUGCCAGCUUUGACAAAUAUCCAACAGAGGAAGACAUGAUAGAGUGGGCAAAGCGCGAGAGCGAAAGAGAGGAAAAGGAGCGACUCGCCAGGCUCACCCAGCAGGAACAAGAAGACCUGGAGCUGGCCAUCGCUCUCAGCAAGUCUGAACUCUCCUGAGGAGCUCAUUCCCCAUCUCCCCCCC